CUGAUGAUCAAUGUGAAUGUGUUUUGUUCCUGUUGAUUAAGUUUAACUCUUUGAUUAAUUGUUAUUGUCAUCUAUUGUUAAUUUUAAUAAUUGUUAAUUAAUUGUUCCUUUGAUUGGCUAUAGUUUCAGUGUUAACCUGCAAUGGAUAGAUUUUUCAAUAUUCCAGGUUUAAAUGGACUUUUGUCUAACAGAUUCUUUAUGCCUUUGGUUUUAUCAACUUUUGCUGUUGCCUACAUUUACCGGAAUAAGAAACAAUUAAAAGAGCUUGAGAAAAAAAUUAAACCUUCUGUUAAUGAUGAUGACGAACAAUCUGGUUGCUGUCAAGAUACUUGUGGUAAUUUUACCUGUAAAACUGUCGAUGGUACUGGUUCAUGUGGCAAUUUGAUUGAUGAUCCACCUCAUGUAAUAUUUAUCUUAUAUGCAACUCUAACUGGAACUGCUAAGUCUUUAGCCUCCUCAUUUUAUGAUAAAAUUAAGCAAAUUGACGGAAAAUUUGGUAACAUUAAGCCUAUUCUAGCUGAUGUUACUGAUUUUGACUUUAAAAAAGCCUUGGAAAGUAAUGGAAUUAUUAAUGUUUGCGAGACAACAAUGAUCCUUUUUGUUUCUACUCAUGAUGGAGGUAAACCACCAGAAUCUGCAGAGAAAUUCAUUAAUUCUGUUAAAAUGGGUGAUUAUGAUUCCGAGAUGAGAAAACUAUCAUUUUCUAUAUUUGGUUUGGGAAACUCUGUUUACGGUGAAAAUUUCAACAAAGUAGCAAAAGAUUUGUCAAGCUUGUUUAUUGAACAUGGAGCGACCAAAAUCCAUGGAAAUUAUCUGUUCGAUGAAGAUAAUGAGGAUGACAUUAAUGGAGCAGUAAAUAGUUGGUCUAACGAAAUAUUAAGUGGCCUUGUGAUUUUAAUACAAUCGAAAAAAUCAUCUUCAUGGAUCGAUGAAAUAGACCAAGAAGUACUUUUCUCCAAAGACGAUUAUUGGAUUGGAAAUGACAAAAAACAACAAGACGAUGGUAUCAAAAACAAUGGAAACGACAAAGGUGAAGACAAUGAUGACUACGAUUCCGAUGAUAGUGAUGAAGAUGAAGAAAAAAAGAAAAAUGAUAUUGGUGAUAUUGAAGAUUUAGUUCCGAGUAUGGGAAAGGGUGACAAAGACACUGGAGAUAUUAAAGAGAUGACAAAUGAGAUUAUAAGAAAAAAUCUUAAGAAACAAGGAUACAAGUUGGUUGGUUCACAUUCGGCCGUUAAAAUGUGCCGAUGGACUAAAUCAAUGCUUCGAGGUAGAGGUGGUUGUUAUAAGCACACCUUUUAUGGGAUAGAGAGCCAUCGGUGCAUGGAGACAACCCCCAGUCUUGCCUGUGCCAAUAAAUGUGUAUUCUGUUGGCGACAUCACACUAAUCCAGUUGGAACCGAAUGGAAAUGGAAAAUGAAUGAACCUGAUUUCAUUGUUGAAGAGAUAAUAAAGAAUCAUGUUAAAAUGAUCAAUGAAUUUAAAGGUGUUCCCGGUGUGAUUCCUGAAAGAAUCGAAGAAGGUUUCAAGGUUCGACAUUGUGCUCUCUCUCUUGUCGGUGAACCAAUCAUGUACCCGAAAAUCAAUGAGCUUCUCAAAUUACUCCAUAAAAAAGGAAUAUCAACUUUUCUAGUCACCAAUGCCCAAUUUCCUGAAGAAAUUCGCAACCUAACACCAGUCACUCAAUUAUACGUUUCUGUUGACGCUUCAACACCCGAAUCAUUGAAACGUAUUGAUCGACCUUUGUUCAAAAAUUCAUGGGAUCGAUUUAUAUUCAGUUUGGAGGCUUUACACCAUAAAAAGAUUCGAACUGUUUACCGAUUGACUCUCGUAAAGGAAUGGAACACCGAGGAAAUUGAAAAUUAUGCCGAUCUUGUUGUCACUGGUAAUCCCGAUUUCAUUGAGAUUAAGGGAGUUACUUUCUGUGGUACCAGUAAAGCGUCAAAAAUCACCAUGGAAAAUGUCCCUUGGCAUGAAGAGGUUGUUAAAUUUGGCCAAGCUUUGGCUGCGGAAAUCGAUCAUAACUGGGAGAUUGUAUCUGAACAUGAACAUUCUAAUUGUAUCUUAAUUGCUCAAAAACGAUUCAAGAUUAACGACAAAUGGCACACAUGGAUUGAUUUCGAUAAAUAUCUUGAAUUAGUUCAAAGAUACUACGAUACCGAUGGAGAGGUAGAUUUUGAUGCUCUUGAUUAUGCAUUAGAAACACCCGAAUGGGCUUUAUUUGGGUCAAAGGAACGUGGAUUUGACCCGGAAGAGAAAAGAUUUCACCGGAAUAACAAAGAUUAAUAUUCUUCCUCUGAAAAUCAACAUUUUUUUUUGAUAUUUCUUAAUUUAACAACAAUAAUAAUCUCAUCUCUUAUUCAAAUACAAUAAGAGUAGAUUUAUGCAUACAAUUAACAAUCGUCAAUUGUGUUAUCAAAUUUUGUAAAGUACAAAACUUUUCUGUUAAUUGUAAGAAAACUUGAAUAACAUUGAUUCGUCAACCAUCAAGAGAAAAGUUGAUUUACAAAUAUUAACUUUUUACUACUUUGAUUAAUUAUCGUAGAGAAGGUGAAAUCUUUCACCAGAUAAUUAAUAUUUCCCAUUCUUUUCCUGUUUAUGAUAAUCUAUGGUAAUAAUUUCCAAUCCAAUUGUUAACCUAUGAUUUCAAGCUCUAUGAUUUGAUUACCUGAUUGGUGUAAAAGUAGCGAAAAAAGUUAAUUGCUUUAUAUGGAAUUUCCGACAAAGUUAAGCAAAUUGAAACACUAAAUACUAUGAAUGUACGAAUAA